GAUUCUUUUUAAAAUUUUUCCUCAAGUGCAAUCAGAAUUGUUUGAAAACAGCAGGAAACCCAAGGGACAUGAGACGGUUUCAGGUUGUGUUGUCAACAACAGUGAACGUGGAUGGACACGUCCUGGCUGUUUCUGACAAUAUGUUUGUUCAUAACAACUCCAAGCACGGACGGAGAGCAAGAAGACUCGACCCAUCAGAAGCUACCCCCUGCAUCAAAGCCAUUAGCCCGAGUGAAGGCUGGACCACAGGAGGAGCCAUGGUCAUCAUCAUUGGGGACAACUUCUUUGAUGGUCUCCAGGUGGUGUUUGGGACCAUGCUUGUAUGGAGCGAGCUAAUAACCCCUCAUGCCAUCAGAGUACAGACUCCUCCCCGGCACAUCCCUGGCGUGGUGGAGGUGACAUUAUCUUAUAAAUCCAAACAGUUCUGCAAGGGAGCCCCAGGAAGGUUCAUUUACACAGCAUUAAAUGAACCCACUAUAGACUAUGGCUUCCAAAGACUGCAGAAGGUCAUCCCCAGGCAUCCUGGAGAUCCUGAGAGAUUAGCCAAGGAAAUGCUGUUGAAAAGAGCUGCCGAUCUAGUGGAAGCCCUUUAUGGCACACCACACAAUAACCAGGACAUCAUUUUGAAGCGAGCCGCAGACAUUGCUGAAGCCCUCUACAGCGUUCCCAGGAAUCCCAGCCAGCUUCCAGCCCUCUCCAGCUCUCCAGCACACAGUGGCAUGAUGGGAAUCAACUCCUAUGGCAGCCAGCUUGGGGUCAGCAUCUCAGAGUCAACACAAGGAAAUAAUCAAGGCUACAUCCGCAACACAAGCAGCAUCUCUCCGCGGGGAUACUCUUCCAGCUCCACGCCUCAACAGUCUAACUACAGUACCUCCAGCAACAGUAUGAAUGGUUACAGCAACGUCCCCAUGGCCAACCUGGGUGUUCCAGGAUCACCAGGAUUUCUAAACGGCUCACCCACCGGCUCUCCUUAUGGAAUCAUGUCAUCAAGUCCCACCGUUGGAUCUUCCAGUACAUCCUCCAUCCUUCCAUUUUCCUCUUCAGUUUUUCCUGCUGUCAAACAGAAGAGUGCCUUUGCCCCUGUCAUCAGGCCCCAAGGCUCCCCUUCACCUGCCUGCUCCAGUGGCAAUGGAAAUGGAUUCAGAGCCAUGACUGGACUUGUUGUACCCCCAAUGUAAAGAAGAACUGCUUUCUUAUAGCAUAAAACUACUUACUCUGAUGGACCAGUAAUGAAGAAAGCACUAUGAGCUCUUUGAGGGGGGAGCGGUGCCCCCACACGAACACGAUGGACACACUUGGGUCUGCAAGGAGCCGGCAUCUUGGUCCCACGUCCUCCUAAAGCUCUGACGGUGGCUACACAAACUGACCCUCUUGGGGACAAGGACAAAAGAUGUCAUUGACGUAGUCAGUGCUAAAAGCAGAAAUGCAAUUCUUUGUUAUGAACAUUAUGAAAACCACCUUCCUAUGUUUGUAAAAUAUUUAAGAAAAAAAUUGGCAAACAAUUAAUGCUUAAUAUUUUGGAUACUAUUUGUUUUUCUUUGUAGGAAAAAAAAAGUUGAAAGUUUCUAUUUUCUAUGAAGCCUUUCAGAUACCAAUUUAGUUUAUGCAGAAAAAAAAUUGAACAAAACAGGGUACCAGCAUGGAAGACUUUCUUAAAACGAAACCUGAAUCGAAUGAUGAAAUGUUGUAUGUGUGUUUGCUUAUAGCUUAAUCUCUUUAAACAGAAAAUGAACAAAAAAAGGGAAAAAUUUUAAAAUGUUUUACAAUUAUUUAAAUAAACGUGUAACUUAUUGUAAGUAGAGGUAGAAAUUAAGAUCUUUUUUUUUUUUUUUGGAAGAGAAAGGAAUUUCUCUUCCUGAUGUAAAAUGCAAAUGAUGCAAACAUGUAGUACCAAGUUUUAAAGGUGUGUGAUUAUUACUGCAGUUACUUACUAGAUUCUUAUCCCCUGUCCUACAUCCCCCCUUUUCCAUCAUUUUAUUGACCCAAGAACAGAACAACAUAAUGCAGAACAACAGAACAACAUAAUGCAGAAACAGAGACUCUAGCACAUGCGAAAAAUAUUCCAACCCAUCAAUUCAUUCCCACCUCCGUCUGAUUUCUAAGUAGUCCACCGGUUUUGUGAAUAUUUUUUUAAAAAUUCCUAUUAGCUUUCAACAUUUUCCCCUGAGCAGACCAGAGAAUUCCCAUGUUUGAGUGUGUCUCAGGCUUUCAGCAUCCCAAGGAAAGAAGUGUCUCACCUUCUGGCAGAGCCAAAACCACAGACUAUUCUUAACUAAGGGACCCUUUGGGAAUUUUUCCUCACCAGAACCCCAUCACUCCCUCCUCUUUGGGUGCCUGAUUCAGUACAGAGGUACAUAGCCCCAUAGAACUUCAGAAACAGGACUUGGAGAAGAUAACUCUGUUUCAUGGACUCUUAAGAGUCAGUCUCAGAACAUCCAGGUCUUUUCCUCUCUCUGUAAAUUUCCUCUUUAAUGGCAUUAAACUCUCUUGAAAAACACAGCUAUCCCACUCAUGAUUGUUUCUAGUCAAGAAUGAGAUGGGGUAUGGGAGAGGGAUAUUAAAAGCCCUAAUCCCACCUUAUUUUGUUGAAAGAAAGGGAAGACCUGAUUCGUGGGAGAUCCAGAGAUUGGGGACAUCUGUAUUCUAUGCAGCACAGUUACCUAGCCCUUUGUUGGGCUCUUCACUUUGCUGUGACUAGCUCUUAGGGAGGAAGAACCUUGCCUUAGCUGCUAACAGAGGUUGAUUCCUGAAAGCCUAUGUGAUCCUUAGAGACAUAUCCAGGCAUAUUUGGAUUGCCAAUGAGGAUGUCACUUGUUUCCACAUUGGGGUUCUCCUGACUCAUUAGCACCAUAGUAGAGUCUAUACACAGACUUAGUUUGGGGUUCUUGGUUGGGAUUUCAGCAUUAGAAAUAGAUGCAGCACUCAUGGAAAAACAUCAUGAGUGCAUCUGAGCCAAUUUUAGAUGACUUCAUUAAUUCUGCAUACCUUCUCUUUGACCCAUGGAUGCAGCCCCACACCUAUCCAGCCCCAACUGUCUUAUUUGCCUUUAAUCCAUUCUGGAAUGACCCACUAUGACUUACAUUAUUUCUAUGCACAUGAGAAUCCAAGGUUUUAGAAACCUGGCAUGCUUAUAACUACUGCUGACAGUCCCUCAUAGUCAGGGCUUAAAGCGCCAAAAUACACGGAAAAGUAAGAGAAAAAGUUCCCCAGUGAGACUGAUUGAUGGAAGGGGAAGAAUGUGUGGAAUACAAACGUUACCUUCCAAAAGUGAAGGCAGAACAAAAUUAAGCAUGUUUAGCCCUGGAUUUGAGCCAAUCCAACAUAAGGAAAUGUUUUUUUCAGUAGCAUUGCUUUUAGAACCUGUGAAUUUUCCUCUUGCAUGAAGAUGAGUGCAGUACUGUCUUCAAAAUGACUGUAGAAUUUGUUGGUAGCUUUACACCGAAAAAUGCGUGUAACUAAAUACCAGACAUCCUUGACCAUUCAGCUAGAACCCUGGCAGCAACAGACCUAUUUAAUUGUACAAAUGUGUGUAAGGAUUAUUUUUAGUGUACUAAAUUAAAAACAAAGCUACCCUGUC